AAAACCAUCUGCUGCGUGAGCAAGUAGCUCAAGCCCUCGAAACCCAAACCAAAAAGGAACACGGCUGGUUUUAACUUCAGAAUAGCGUUGCCAGCCCCUUCGCAGGCAAAGCUUUAGGAUGGGAGCGAGGAGGGAAAGAGGAAGACAGCGAGGCGACCGCCACCAAGCAGCGAGCCGCACCACGCUACAGGAAACCAUAGCCUCCGGUGAUAAAUAGGAGACCCGGAAGCACAGGAUGCACGUAGGGCGAGCGCGGCAGGACGAGGGGAUGUGAGCCGGCGGCUGUCGAGUCCCCCCCGUCCGUGCGUCCGUCCGUGCAGCGGGAUGGAUGUCACCCGGCUGCUGGCGCUGCUGGUGCUGGUGGUGCCGGUGCCCGGCGAGGAGGAGGCCGCGGUGCUGUGCGCCGGUACCGCCUGCUACACGCUGCACCGCGCCAAGCUGGACUGGAGCAGCGCGCAGGAGCGCUGCCGGCUCAACGGCGGCAACCUGGCCCCGGUGCGCAGCGACGGCGAGGCCGCGCGGCUGCGGGACCUGCUGGCGGCCGCCGGCUGGACGGGCCCGGCCUGGAUCGGGCUGUCGCUGCUGCGGGGCCGCUGCGUGCAGCCGCAGGAGCCGCUGCGGGGCUUCGCAUGGGCGGCGGGCGGCGAGCACGGCAACUACUCGUCGUGGCUGUCGGAGCCCGCCGUGACCUGCCUGAGCUCCCGCUGCGUCAGCCUGCGGCCCGCGGGCUGGGCCGACGGCCCCUGCCGGGCCCCGCUGCCCGCCUUCCUCUGCAAGUUCAUCUUCCAGGGCAUGUGCGGGCCGCUGCCGCUGGCCGCGCUGCACCGCGUCACCUACAGCACCCCGUUCGGCGUGCGCAGCGCCCGCCUGGCCGCGGCCCCCUUCGGCACGCUGGCCGAGGCGCAGUGCGACGGCAGCCACGGCGCGGCCUUCGCCGUCUGCAAGGGGACGAUGGAGGGGGGCGGCUUCGCCUGGCACCCCCCCGGUCCGCUCUGCCCCACCGCCUGCGCCCACAGCAACGGGGGCUGCCAGCAGCGCUGCCUGGAGGAGCCGGGGCAGCCCCCGCGCUGUGCCUGCCAUCCCGGACACGUCCUGGCUCCCGACAUGGUGUCCUGCGUGCCCGAGGAUGCCUGCAACCCCAACCCCUGCCAGGGGACGUGCCGCGGCCAUCCCGGGGGCUUCGAGUGCGGCUGCGAGGAGGGAUACACCCUGGCGCCCGAUGGACGAAGCUGCGUGGAUAUAGACGAGUGCCUGGCCGGGCCCUGCCAACACGAGUGCUACAACACGGCCGGCAGCUUCGUUUGCCUCUGCCGGCCCGGCUACCAGCCAGAGGCGCCAGGUAGCCCCCUCUGCAGCGAUGAGGAUGAGUGUGCCCGGCCUGGCGUCUGCCCCCAGCUCUGCAUCAACGUCCCCGGCUCCUUCCAAUGCGCCUGCCGGCCCGGCUACAAGCGCCAGCCCGGGAGCAGCGAUGCCUGCCUGGACGUGGAUGAGUGCCUGCAGGAUCCCUGCCCCGGGCUGUGCCGCAACCUGCCUGGCAGCUACGAGUGCCUCUGCCCACCCGGCUUCCUCCUGGAGGAGGAUGGACACGGCUGCCGCCCUGCACCCACCGCCGCAGAGGAGCCCGCGGGGGUCUCCAGCAGCACCCCGAGGACCACGGGCAUCCCACGGACCAUGGGCAUCCCUCAGACCACGGGCAUCUCCCGGACCACGGGCACCCCAUGGACCACGAGCAUCCCUCACACCACAGGCAUCCCCACUGGGACAACGCCACUGCCUCCCACAGCAGUAGGGUCAGCUCCCGGCGCCGAGCACAGCGCCGAUGGCCCCAGGCUGCUCCUCUACUACAUCCUGGGCAGCCUGGUAGCCAUCCUGCUGCUGCUGGCCUUCGCCCUGGUCCUGGUGGCUUGCAGGAGGAGGGAGGCCAGGAAGGAGAAGCGGCCGGCUAAGAGCGCGGCCGACAACUACUGCUGGGUGCCUGAGCAGCCGGAGAGCCGUGGGGCAGGCGGUGAGCGCAGGUAACAGCGCCCGGGGCAGCGAAGGGGGAGGAAAAGCCUCCACGCGACAGAGCUGGUUUGCAAAUGGAAAAAAGAAGGAAAAGGAUGGGGAAAGGGGGGAGGGGGGAGGGGUUGAUGCUGUCUGUUCAACACGGGAUUGCAUGUCCGAGAGCCUGUCCUGGGGUUCCUCGUGAACCGGGAGCUGAUCUCCCCCACAAAGGCAGCGCUGGUGGGAAGGCAGAUGGAAUGUGUCCUGUGGUUUAUAGAUCAGCGCUGCUCCUCUGAGGGAAGGGAUAACAGGGACAGUGCUUGAGGUGAAAGUGAAUGGGGUUGAAUUUGCCUGCCAGGGCUGCUCCUCAGCUCUGCAGAACCUCACUGCGCUUAAAAAUAGCAAAUUAAAAAGACUGAUUUUUCUUCCUAAAGGAAAACAGUUCACAUCGGUUUUCAUUUGUUCACAUUUCACAGGUUCUCCCUGUGUUUGAAAUGCUGAGAUGCAAAAGCAGCAGCUUCCCUGCCCUGUCCUUGCAGCCCCCCCCAAUCCUUUGCCAUCCCCAAAGCACUGCCAGUCCCCCCAUCGCCUGCCUGGCAGUGGCCAGCCUGCAUUCAUCCCUUGGGUUUGCCUUGUCCUCCUUGAAACGAGUCUGAAUCCGCCUGUGUUUCCCCAGGACAAGCACUGGUUACUGCAGCCACAAGCAGAGGGUGGUUUCAGUGCUUUUUUGUUGUUAAAGAUGUCACAUCAGAGGUGAUGGAAUAAACCUGUUUAAAACCACAGCAGCAGCCAGCUUCUCAUGAGGAGCAGACACUGGUGGAGUGAUCAGUCAUCCAUCCCUGCAGCUCCCAGGGGGUUUGCACUGGCUUUGGAGAGCAGGACAGUGAUGCUUCCCCAAGGAAUUGAGUCCCUUUACCUUAUUCCACCCCCUGAGCUCAGGAAGUCCAUAGCACAGGGAAAACUGUAGACAAGGAGAGACCAUAUGGUAAAUAGGUAGGAAAAACGAGGUUUAGAAGCGUCAUGUACCUGUUUCCUGUGUGUUCAGUGUAAAAAUGCUUGCAAAAUAGAGAAAACAACACUCUCCUUCACAUACAGCUGGAUGUGAGAGGACUUCUCCUGGUGGAUCAUACUUUUUGGGUAGAAGCCCUUCCUGACAGCUUGGGGUCCAGGCUAAGCGCGUUUUCCAACCCUUCCCCUGUAAAGAAUACACUGGAUGUUGUAUAUUUGCUCAUUGUUUUAUAUAUAGCUUUUAACCUUGCUUCACAGCAGAAGCUUUCUCAGGGUGAAGUUGUUCCACAGCCUUCCCCAGGUACCUCACUUCAGAGAGCUCUUUAUACUCAGUGAUUCCAGACUGUUCCAGCAUGAAUCCUUCCCCAAGGCCCAAGAGGGCACAGGGGCCAUUCCUGCUUCCCAUCGAGCAGUGUUUACCCACAUUUCACAAGGCAAAAGGGUUCUAGAGGAGAACAGACAUGUUGUUUGGAGGGGACAUGAGUUUCCUGAAGUUUCUGCUGGGUUUAUUGUCUCCUUGAGACUUAAUUGCUGCAGAGAUGGGAACUGAGCACAAAGGAGUUUGCUGCACGCAGCGACCUGCAUCCUGUUCUUCCAUGUGUGGAGGAAAAAACCCCUUUCCUGCUGGGUUUUUUCUGUCUUCAUGUCUCCAUUGUGAAAUGACCCAAACAAAAACAAAACAAGGCAGGAAAAUGUGGCUGAUAUAGAAAGGUUUUAAUGUUCUGCCCUAAUGUGCUUCCUUUUCUCCACGCAGUGGCUGAGAGAAGCAGUGAGUGCAGCAGUGGUAUUCUUGGAUGCCCCACAGAAAAUCCCUGUCUGUGUUCUGAUAAGCCAGCAAAGCCUCUGGAAUACAUGAAUAAAUUAAACCAGUGAAAAAUCCUGCUGAAAUCAGUGGGACAACCUACAUCCAUAACAUUAUGCCUGUGCUGCUGGGCUGUGCCAGCUCUAGGUCCCUGUGGGAAAAAGCAGGCACAGCCACAUUUGCUUUAUGGAAUUUUCCAGAUGUUUGGAGUCUCCAGAAUGUUUCUGCCUUAUUUUUUAAUUAAGGUAUCAAGUAAUUGUUGUAUUCCACUAUGAAAAAGGGAAAAGGAAGCACAAGUGUGAGCCUGAGUGUUAUAAACCGUGUUAUUUAUUCCAGAAAUUCCUCAGUAAAACCUAUAAUUCCAAUUUCUGUUACAACCUUUGUGUAUUCCGGGGUGUGUACUUUUCACAACGGAGUAUGGGAGCAGGUCUAGCCUAGGGAAGGCUAAUUUGUGCCUCGGUUUGGUUUGAGGUCUCUCUGGUCGAAGAUUUCCUGAUGUAGCAUCCUUCAUCCCGGUGCAGUUACAUGUGGAUAAUCUCAUGUCUCCUUUUCUUCCUGCCACAAACCCAGCAGGAAUGUUUUGAUCCAUUCCUCAUUGGAGUUAUCCAGGGGCCUGGGGAAUCCCAUUGGCUAAAGCAGACAGGAACAGAGACGGAUCGUUUGGUACCCUGUCUUACAGCUGGAGGAGACAGGAUGUUCAUCCCGGCCCAAGGGGCUUUUCCCAGGGGACCGGCACAGCUACCUCUGCUCCCCGUCCUUCCAUAGAAACAAGGACAAAGCCAGAGCUACAACUGUCCCACUGCCACCACAGCAGGACAGGGCCGAUUUGCUUUGUACAUAUCAAGUGGUUUGUGAUGAAGUUGUAUUUUUACAGUCCACCAUUAAGACAGUUGCCUCUGCCUUGAAGAAUGAGGUUGUCCAAUGCGUUGAUCAACUCUGUGUGUUGCUUUUCUGAUGAGACACAAUAAACCCUGACCAGAA